AAUAGCAGGGCAGAGGCGGUUUUCCGCGCGCUGUUUGGGACGGUUACGGCUGAGGAGGCGGCGGCGGCGGCGGCGGAGAAAAGAGAGGCCGCGGCGGGGCUCGGACAGGAGCUCCCAAGCCAGCGGGAAAUGGCCGGCGGCGGCGGCGGAGGAGGAGGUUUUUACGCGCGACCGUUGGCCUCCGGCGCGGACUCGCCGCCGCUCCUCAGCCUGAGGCGCCGGUCGAAACUCCAGGGGCCGGAGGAGGCGGUGAGGGGCGGGGCCAAGGGGCCGGUGGGCGGGGCUGCGGGAGAGAAGAACGCUCAGGGGCGUGGCUUGGAGGGGCUGUGGGCGUGGCCAAGGAGCUGGGCGGGGCCAAAGGAGCAUGCCUUUCGAACGCAGCCGAGAGGCGGGAGAGAAGACCGCUCAGGGGCGGGGCUUGGAGGGACUGUGGGAGGGGCUACAGCAGUGGGCGGGGCUAAGGGCUUGCAUGCAGUAAUCGAAGCAUUUGAAGUGGGAAGGAAAUGGGUUAGUAACGAAGUGAGUUUGAAUCAGGAUUAAUAAUCUCGGGUUAUGUUAAAACAUUUAGUCAUAGCUGUCAACUUUUCCCUUUUCUUGCGAGGAAUCCCAUUUGGAAUAAGGGAAUUUCCCUUAAAAAAAGGGAAACGUUGACAGCCAUGCAUUUAGUCCAUUUAUUAUAGUGCAUAAUUCAUGUGUAUAGUGUAUAUUGACUUACUGCUUCUGAUGCGUGAUUGGCUGAUGUCAGUGCUUUUUUUCUGGGGGGACGCAGGCAGUGCCGGAUUUAUGUACAGUAUAAGCUAAACAAGCUCUAGCUUAGGGCCCCACUCUCUUGGGGGCCCCUGAAAAAUUUAAAGGGGAAAAAACUGGAGGUACAAAUAAAAUAAAACCUACGUACAGCAACAGUGUUUUGUGUUGUGUAAGCUCCUGUGGUGUAAGUCAUGGGCCCCAUCUGCUAGCCUACUCCCUAAAAUGUCUCUGGUUUGCUCCUUUCUAUAUAUAGGGUGCCAACACUCUGCAUGGACUGGUUGCACGGCAACAUGUGCAAAUGGCUUGAGAUACCUAUGAGGUCCAUAACUUACCAUAAAUACCAUAUAAAGGUAAAGGGACCCCUGACCAUUAGGUCCAGUCGUGUCCGACUCUGGGGUUGCAGCGCUCAUCUCCCUUUAUUGGCCGAGGGAGCUGGCGUACAGCUUCCGGGUCAUGUGGCCAGCAUGACUAAGCCGCUUCUGGUGAACCAGAGCAGCGCACGGAAAUGCCGUUUACCUUCCCGCCGGAGCGGUACCUAUUUAUCUACUUGCACUUUGACGUGCUUUUGAACUGCUAGGUGGGCAGGAGCAGGGACAGAGCAACGGGAGCUCACCCCGUCACGGGGAUUCGAACCGCUGACCUUCUGAUCGGCAAGUCCUAGGCUCUGUGGUUUAACCCACAGCGCCACCCAGGUCCCUUUUAAAUACCAUAUAUUCAACACAAAAAACAGCGACCAUUUGCUGUGGACAAAAGACAGCUGGACAUAUAAAGGGCCUCAUCAAACCCUGGACGCAUACCCCUAAACAUUUUGUGAAUCCAAGUUUGGCCUCAUUGAGGGGCAGUAUUUCAAUAUGAGUAGGAUAAUGAGAGUACCCGGUCCUAAACAUUUUUAAAGAAAAAAAGCACUGGCUUAUGUACUUUAUAAUUACACCAUUAAAUUGCAUGGAGCAUUCAAUCAAUGAAGUUAAAGCAUUCACAACUAAAUUGACAGUACAGUACAGUAAUUAAUUUCAUAUUAGCAGUAAUUUGUAAACAAAUGAUGUUGCUCUUGCGGCAAAGAUAUUUUUUCUGGGCGUGGGGCUGCCGAUACAGCUCCUUGGCUCUGUAUUUGAGGGCUCUUGCCUGGGGUUGUGUUUGGUGCGUGUGUCAUGUGACACAUUCAUGUGUUACACACAUUAUAUCAGGCACUUGCUUUUUAUUGUGAGCUGCACUUCUUGGUGGAAAGGUAGGAUAAUAUUAUUAUUAAUUACCUGCUCUUCGCCCCAAGGCGGGUUACAAUGUUUUGUUUUGUUUUAAAAAAUAAUAUUUAUUGAUUUUCCAACCAUUUAAACACAAUAAAACAAAAAAACAAAAAAAGAAAAGAAAAAGCAAGAAAAGAAAAGAAAAGAAAGAACAUAUGAUUGACAAAACAAGACGCAAACCAUUUAAAACACAAAACAAUUUCGAUAUCUUAACUUUCAUUCCCUUAUUUCCACGACCUCCUCACACCUCCCUUUUUGUAUUCCACUUCUAUUAAUUGUUUCAGCAAUUCCUUUCCAUCUUCCUCUGUUUUCUCUUCUAUAAUUAUCUUAACAUAUUCUAAUCUUAUAUUUCCCUUUAAUACUCUAUUAAUCUAUUUAUACCUAAUUCCUUAUAGCAUUUCUACUGAAGCCAUAUAACUUCAUUCCAACAUUUUUCUAACAUUCAUUAUUAUAACAAUAUUUCUAUAAAUAGUCUUAAACUUUUUCCAGUCUUCUUCCACCGACUCUUCUCCCUGGUCUCGGAUUUCUGCCAGUCGUUUCCGCCAAUUCCAUAUAGUCCAUCAACUUCAUCUGCCAUUCUUCCCGGAUAGAUAAAUCUUGUGUCUUCCAGUUCUUCACAAUGAGUAUUCUUGCUGCUAUUGUAACAUACGUGAAAAGAGUUCUGUCCUUCUUUAACACCAAUUGGCCAACCAUGCCCAAGGAAAAGACCUCUGGUUUCUUCAAAAAGGUAUAUUUAAAUACCUUUUUCAUUUCAUUAUGAAUCAUCUCCCAAAGUGUCUUAAUCCUUGGGCAUGUCCACCAAAGGUGAACUCUAAUCCUCAAAUUCAUCUGUUUUUCUUUAAGUUCAGUCAUCGCAAGCGUCAACUUAUAUUCAUCAAGUUGCUUCUGUAUAGCUGGGGCUCUCUUUCUCUUUCUCUCCAGUUGUGUUUCUUUACAUUCAGCAACAACAACUUUUUCCCUGGCCUCCUCCGCAGUUUGCCGUACCGAAAUCGGUUCCUGUGUCAAUUUCUGGGUGAUUUCUAUAUUGGUAUUGUUUAUACUUUCUAUAUUUAAGUUAAUUUUAGUAAUUGGAACAUCCACUUUCGCAUUUAUCAUAUCCAUUUUCCUGUGAAGCUGAUCCAAUGAGUCAUUUAUCUUAAAUAACGCAGCCACUAGGGCCUCUUCUGUCAACAUUUCUCUUGGUUUUACAUAUACUGGUACAAAGGCUGCAACAAAAAGAGCAAGGGGGCCUGGUGGUGGACCUCUCCUGGAUUAUUGCCAAGUCCUCCCAGACCUUAGUGUUUUGUCAGCAGUUGACUGGUCAGUUGACCAUUAACCAUAACACUUAAAAGAUUCAAGGUCAGUCCCAGAGUCUCACGGUUUUUAACUUGCAGCUGGAAAUUUCCCUAACCCAACUCUUGUAAAGCAACCGGUUUCAAAAGCUUCCACUAGGGGGAAACAGUUUCUAUUUGUAGUAGUCAAUAGUAUCCUCUUUUAAACAAUUCAAAGUUAGUUUCAAGUUAGUUUCAAUUUUCAGUUACUUUUACUCCUUUUCGAAACAGCCGGAAACAGUAGAAACAAUGUAUUUCUCUUGUUUAACUAGCUGUCAAUGAACGUUCUAAACGCUGUCAAUGAACAUUCCAAAAUACGUCAGUCCUCCUAGCAGCCCGUUUCCAGGGUCAGAGCGGCCGUGUUUUAGAUCUCUUCGCGCUCUCCUGCAGGCAUACUCAGUCCUCAACUUCCCCCCCUCUUCUCCUGCCUCCAAAGGGGGGUUUUGUUCUUUACCGAUGGAAAUUUAAUCUUUUACCAAAGACUUUCCAGGACUCCAGCUUGCAACUUCAUUGCCUCAGUCUAUUUACAAAAGGGGGAUGCGGACUUCCUGUUUUGAACCUCCCCGUUACGAUGCCAAAUUCAACAUUUAGAAAUCCAAUUCUUCCGCUUAAACUCUACUCACGGGUAACCACUUUUAAAAUCCAAUUGUCCACAGGAAAAGGUCAGCGCUCUCCGGCAACGGCUAUGCAGCUUCGCUCCGUGGAAGAAGCAGACGAUUCAAUGCACCGCGCCACUCACCCCACGUCGCUCCGGAGCCCCAAAAACCGGGGUUCCCCGCGAGUGGGGGAGGCGCAAAAGGUGCCCGCCGAAUCCCACGCUCACAGGCUUCUCCCGCCUGUGAUUUUAACGGGUCUCCGCCUUCACCGUGGCGGCCAGACCCAGAUUCCCACGGAGCAAAUUCCUCCCGGUCAGAGGAAUUUAGCCAUUGCUGGAGGCGCCUCCCCGGAAGUCCCGGCGGGUUACAAUGUUAAAGCACAAUACUGAAAAGGGUGUAAAACAAUAUAUGCAGCCACAAAAGGAAGGUGGGUUGUAAAAUUGUGCACUGUCAAGAGCCAGCAUAAAGACGCGCCUCUGUGACUGUAAAAUUAUAUAGUAUUUACAAUUGCUAUAUAAUUUCUGCUGCCUAGUGGAAGACCUGUUCUUUUUAAAGAGACCCAUGUGGGAAGCUGAGCUGCCAAGUCUGUUCAAUAUUUUCACAAACUUGCUAUUUUAAAAAUCUUUGACAUCAAUUAUAUUAGGUGCUUUGAGUUCUCCCAGUGAAAGGGAAGCGGGGGAAACAUUUCUAAAAUAGUACUUUAUCUGUCAAGUUCCCACAACAAUGAGCAAUGUUUUAUGAUUGGGCAAUAUGUUUUAAAUUGGGAGGGGAAUGUACUGUUGAGCGAGAGAGAGAGGGGUGGAUGGGGUUAAAUUGCCUUGUACGCCACUUUGACGUGCCAUUAUUUUGUCAGAAAAGCAGCAUAUAAAUACAGCCGCCCCUUAGUUCUCGAACGGAAUCCGUUCCGGAAGUUUGUUUGACUUCAGAAAAUGUCCGAAAACCAAGGUGCGGCUUCCGAUUGGCUGCAGGAGCUUCCUGCACUCAAUCGGAAGCCGCUUCAGACGUUCGGGUUCCAAAGAACGUUCACAAACCGGAACACUCAAUUACGGGUUUGCGGUGCUUGGGAGCCAAAACGUACGAGUACCAAGGCAUUCUGCAACCAAGGUACGACUGUGCUGGAAGGAAGGAGGGAAUUCCAGUUAAAAGCUGGUGGGAAGUAAGUAUUGGGGUGUGUCUACUAUGCUUUAGGGCUGCCAUGAAGGCUACAGCGUCGUGAGCAGCAGAAAUUCUGUAGUCUAAACUUAUCACAUCACUAAGAACAUCAGACCGAAAAUCCACUUAGUUCAACAUCCACGUUCCACUAGUGACCACGUAGAGGCUUCUGGGACACCCGCAAGCAGGGCGUGAAUGUGACAGCUUCCCCCUCCUUUUGCUCUCCAGCAACUGGCAUUCAGUUACCUACUUAUUCUGAAGUUGGAACUUGAAAGUUUCCAUUGUGACUGAUGGAAUCAGCAUCUGAAUGCCGCGAAAAGCCUCAGGCUGAGUUUCUGCUUGUUGUGAAACAUGAAAAAUGAUAACUGUACUAGAGGAGCAAAGGCCUAGGGAAAGUUCCUUCCUGGGUCACUGGGCUGCGGACAUGACUUCUCCACUUGCAUUCACGUUCCGUGGAAAUCAUGGCAUUCUUACGGGUGGAUAUAUGACACUCUUUUCUUUCUUCUUUCUUUGGACAGGUUAUGCUAGAGAAAGUCUUGGGAAUAACUACUCAGACCAGCAGUGCUUUAACUUGUGACCCAAACACGGGGCAGAUAGCCUAUCCAACAGGGUAGGUGCUUUGCUGUAGUCAGUGCAGCUAGAUAUUCUGCAGACUGACGCUCAGUGAAACGGGUGGUUUGAAUAACUGCAAUGAACUGCAAUUAAUCCAGAAUGCGGCAGCGAGACUGGUGACUGGGAGUGGCCGCCGAGACCAUAUAACACUGGUCCUGAAAGACCUUCAUUGGCUCCCAGUACGUUUCUGAGCACAAUUCAAAGUGCUGGUGCUGAACUUGAAAGCCCUAAACGGCCUCAAAGGCCCAGUAGACCUGAAGGAGCGUCUCCACCCCAUCGUUCUGCCCAGACACUGAGGUCCAGCUCUGAGGGACUUCUGGUGGUUCCCUCCCUGCAAGAAGCAAAGUUACAGAGAACCAGGCAGAGGGCCUUCUUGGUAGUGGCGCCCGCCCUGUGGAACGCCCUCCCAGCAGAUGUCAAGGAGAUAAACAACUAUUUUACUUUUAAAAGACAACUUAAGGCGGCCCUGUUUAGGGAAAUUUUUAAUGUCGGAGGCUGUAUUGUUUUUAAUAUUUGGUUGGAAGCCACCCAGAGUGGCUGGGGAAACCCAGCCAGAUGGGUGGAGUAUAAAUAAUAAAUUAUUAUUAUAUUAUUAUAAAUAAGCUGUACUAUUAGAAGGGAAGUAUGGAUUUGUUUGCCAGUCUUUUGGGGGGCAGGGUGAGAUCUUUGGGACAUCAAUUAGACCCUUGGACAGAUAUUCUUAGUCACUGUUGUGGUAUUUGUUGAUUGUCUUCUGCAUGAUCAUCCACAAAUAUUCUAUUUCCUGUUGUGUUGCUGGAGAGGAAGGGAGCUUGUGACCAGUCAUACUGGCUUAAUUUGCACAUAAUACUAAAUCAUUCUAUAGUAAUAAAUCUGGACAAGCACCAGGCCUGCAUGUUCUCCUUUCCCUCUCCUCUGGUAUGACAAAGUGACUUGAAGCAUUUGCUUCCAUUUUUAUUGAAGCACGGUUGCCAUUAUGCCUGAACCAGGAACUGUGGUUGAUUUUCAGUAUGGUUGAUUUGAUCAAUCCAGGAUAAUAAACCACAGUUUUUGUAAAUGAAUGCUUCCCUCCCCUGAGUACAUUUGUCCAGGCAGUAAAAUUUAGUCACUUUCCCCUCUUUAGAGUUGGGGAAUUCACUCUCAUGUAAAUGUUUUGAUCUCUCUUUCCAGAUGCGUGGUUGUGAUUUUAAAUCCUCGGCAGAAUAAACAGAAGCAUAUUUUUAAUACUGCUAGGUAAUGUAUAUAUUAGUUUUUGUAUCACUCUUGCUAAUUGGAGUGUUUAUAGUAAAAAAAUAAUAAUGCAGCUUGCGUGUGAAUUCCUGGCCAAGUAUGGGUGAAGCUUGUUGAAAGUGAUUUCCCAGAGAACAGAACAUCAUUGUGGUGUUUAUUUGAUCAGUAAAUCGUUUUAAAUAAGGAGAGCCAAAUUGACUGGAGGGCAGGGCUGUCUCAUCAUAGAAUACUUCGCUUUGAAGCCCCAACUGUUUGGACCUUUAAGUGGAGCAGUUUGAAUGGCGUUUUGCAGAUAGCCCCACACUUCUCUUCAAACCUACAGUUUUUGGAGGUUUAAAGAGCAGCGCAGAUCUAUUUGCAAAAGCUCUGCACAGCACUUUGACCUUCCCAAAACCAGAGGUUUAAAGACCAGCAUGCAGCGGUUUGUAAAAGGGCUUACAGUUAGCUCCAUGUUUUGCUUCUACUGUGUGUGACAUUCCUCCUACUCAUGACAGGAAUGCACACCCAAACUAAUCAGGAUUUAACCCCUGCCCCUCAGUUCAUGAGUGGAAGGUUAAAUCCUGCAUGCCAGUUCUCAGCCAGCGCAGAAGCAAACCCCGUCCCCUUGCCCAUCAGCUGAUGUCACUUCCAUUGGAGUAACACCAGCUGAUUAGCAGGUAGCUAUGGUUUUUAAAAAAUGGUCCCCCACCACUGGUUUAAAUGAAUAAUAAUGAAGUGGGCUAAUAAUAAUUUUAAGAAAGUAUUCGGUUGGUGAAUCAUCAAGAUGUGCAAAUGACUUUAAAGCUCUUUGUUGUUUCCUGCGGAAACCCAGCCACAUGGGCAGGGUAUAAAUAAUAAAUUAUUAUUAUUAUUAUUAUUAUUAUUCCUUUCUAUAAUGACUCACAACUAGUUUGUGGCAAAAGCUUUUGUGGACUCGCACCCAUUCCGUUUGGAGCAAUGUCAUUCCAUGCACCUGAAAAGCGGGCUUUAGUCCACACGCAGGUUUCUGCCGCAAUAAAUGUUUGUUGCUUUUCCUGUAACAGAGUUACAUGACGUUUCUUUGGAAUUCAUUUUAUGGAGAGAUAAAAUGUAAAGGCGUUCUUUUCCCACUUUUAGGAAAACAGUUAGUGCUCUGUCUUUCUCUCCUGAUGGGAAAUAUAUUGCAACUGGUGAGGUGAGUUUUUACUGAAUGAAUUUUCUUUAAAAAUUAUGCGAGGAGUACUAAGUAUGUUUUUUUUAAAAAAAAUAUUACAGCUCUAAACGUGCAAAUUAUACUAAUACAUUUUUGAAGCCUCCUUUUAUCAGUUGUAAUUUGUGGCAAUGCCUUGGAACUCCCUUUGGCAAGAGACCUGCACCUCAGUCGUACCACUUUAAAUCCCUGGCUGGUGACAGCAAAGUAAUAUAAAGGAGAUACCUGUGUUAUCUUAAAUGCAGCAGUCACGGGCCAUCACAAGCUACUGAAAUAAGAGUGUUUAGGAUUAGAAUGCCAAUUGAAAUCAUAGGAAUAUUUUGUCUUGUGUUUUCAAAAUUACUUAAUCAUGCCCUCUAGUGGUGUUCUAGCGCUGGAUGAUUCCAGUGUGCUCCCUUUGACGUUCUAAACCAGCGGUUCCCAACUGCUUUUUGGCCAUGCCCCACCUAAGCAUCUCUAAAAUCCUGAUGCCCGCCCCCCCAACAGAUAAUUCUUAUUACUCAAAAAGUGAAGUCCUAUUCACGUGGAGGAAGUCUAAAAGGCCAAUCACUGUUAAUAACUCAUUAUCGAAUUGCCCCCUUUAAAAAUCAAUUUGCCCCCCUGUGGGGCAUAUGCCCCACGUUGGGAACCACGGUUCUAAACCGUUUCUCUUUUCUCUGAGCCCACCGUAGAGUGGCAUGGACGGUGGCCGUGUGAGAAUUAUCAAGAGACGUGCCAGAGCUUAAGAUGGCCUACACGUCACACCUUAUGACCGGAAAAAACCCAUCAGCAAGUGAGCAAGAAGUGCUCUCUGCACAUCCUUCAAGGAAGUCCCUUGGUGGUGGUUGGCAAAAAAUAGUUCCUGAGCACCUUGCAAAUAUCAGUGAAAAGGUGGUCCCUCCUCUCAGUCUCACAAUCUCAGAGUCAACAACACAAAAGGAAAAGAGAAUAGGAGGGAGUAGGAAAAGAGCAAGCUCAGGCGUCGGCUCUCAGUGACGGAGACCUUGAAGUGAAUAGCAGAAAUGGGGAAACGUGGAGAGAAGUUGCUGAUUUUUCAGCAGAGCCAAGGGAGAGCCCUGGAGUCCCAUCUCUCUCACCCUCUCCGCGGCAGGGGUAGGUGAGGGAGGGGCUUGAUCCAGCUGGUCUUUUAACGGAGCCAAUGGAGAGGCCCUGCGAUUUGGCUGCUCCCUCCAUCUCUAGUGGCCUGGUGGAAUCAGCGUGGGCUGAGCACUGUCUAGCCAUGGUCCCAGUGACCACACUUCUGGCUUUUCCUCCUGCAGAACGGGCACAGGCCGGCAGUCCGCGUGUGGGAUGUCGAAGAGAAAACCCAAGUGUCGGAGCUGCACGGCCACAAGCACGGCGUGGCGUGUGUGGCCUUUUCCCCCAAUAUGAAAUACCUGGUCUCAGUGGGAUAUCCGCAUGACAUGAUUGUCAACGUGUGGGACUGGAAGGUAAGGCGCCGGAAGGUGGGGUGCAGGAGCAAGUAGCCACUGCCGUGUUUGAGGGCCAGGAUGUUAUCUGAGAUGCUGGGGCCUCCCUUCAUCAACCUGAUGGCCUCCAGGCUCUUUGGACUACAAUUCCGAUCAGGCCAUGUUAGGGUGUCUCAGUGGGAGAAGGUGUGCAAGGACCGGGAAUGUGCAGGUUAUUCAGUGUGAAGACUGGGUGUGGGGAGAGGAAUGCAAUGGUGUGUGCUUUAAUAUACAUUCUGUUGUAAACAAAAAUUGCCCUUUUCCCUUAUGGGGUAUCCAAGAGCCCAUAUAGAGUCCUUACAUAGGUUCCCUAUUGGUAGGAGAAGAUAACAGAGGCCAACAAAAGAAUAUUGAGAAGCAAAGCAGCUAGUAAGCUUGAUCUUUAUUGAUCUGUUGCAACAGGGUGCUCCCCUCACACGCAGGAGAGGAAAAGGACCCCCAAAAAUGCUGUGCAAGGGCUUAUAAAGACUUUUGAAAUUGCCACCCUGUAGAUCAAGACCACCCCCAGAAACAUUAUGCAUUCAUCACAGAAAGGGUGUAACCUAAGACCACCCCCCAGAUACAUCGUACCUACAUCACAGAAAAGGCGGUCUUAAAACAGAAAUUUGAAUGUUGUUUUAUCUCCUGUCUGGCAGCUCACUUGAUUGGAUUGCCUGGGUAGCCUGGCUAGUCUUUUGUAAUGAUAAAUACUUAGUUCCUGGGCCAGGUCACAGGCUCACACCCUAUUCAAACACAGACAUUCCCUUAAGACAGGAUUUGUGAAGGAAAAGACAAUGGGGAGGCUUUUCCAUUUUCCUCUGACCUUGCAGAGAAAACAUUUGGGAAAACAGUUUGGGAAUCAAAAUGGUUCCAGGUCGGGCUUCCUGUGCUGAUCUAUGUGCGUGCUUGGUUGGUACACUUAUGAACAUUUCCAUGUAUCUAAGACCUCAAAAUUCCUAUCACACAUUCUCACUGGGAAAAGAUUGAUGGAUACUCUUAAUGGGUUCUGCUCAAGGGCUAUUUGUGCCAUUUGCAUCUCCUGCCGGAAUGACUGGUGGGUAUUCAUGCUUCUGUUUUGCAGAAAGGCACACUCAUUGCCUCCAAUAAAAUCUCCUCCAAGGUUAUGGCCAUCUCCUUCUCAGAGGACAGCUACUUUGUUACUGUCGGCCACCGGCACGUGAAGUUCUGGUUCUUGGAUGAAUCCAGGGAGUUCAAGGUAAACCUGUCUGCAUCCUGUGACUGACAGCAAAACGGGAAGUUCCUUUCAAAAUAGCUUCCUGGUUAAGCAGUCUGUAUGGUACAUUUGCAGAUGACACCAACCUGGGAGGGGUGGCUAACACCCCAGAGGACAGGAUCACACUUCAAAACGACCUUGACAGAUUAGAGAACUGGGCCAAAACAAACAAGAUGAAUUUUAACAGGGAGAAAUGUAAAGUAUUGCACUUGGGCAAAAAAAAUGAGAGGCACAAAUACAAGAUGGGUGACACCUGGCUUGAGAGCAGUACAUGUGAAAAGGACCUAGGAGUCUUGGUUGACCACAAACUUGACAUGAGCCAACAGUGUGAUGCGGCAGCUAAAAAAGCCAAUGCAAUUCUGGGCUGCAUCAAUAGGAGUAUAGCAUCUAGAUCAAGGGAAGUAAUAGUGCCACUGUAUUCUGCUCUGGUCAGACCUCACCUGGAGUACUGUGUCCAGUUCUGGGCACCACAGUUCAAGAAGGACACUGACAAACUGGAACGUGUCCAGAGGAGGGCAACCAAAAUGGUCAAAGGCCUGGAAAUGAUGCCUUAUGAGGAACGGCUAAGGGAGCUGGGCAUGUUUAGCCUGGAGAAGAGGAGGUUAAGGGGUGAUAUGAUAGCCAUGUUCAAAUAUAUAAAAGGAUGUCACAUAGAGGAGGGAGAAAGGUUGUUUUCUGCUGCUCCAGAGAAGCGGACACGGAGCAAUGGAUCCAAACUACAAGAAAGAAGAUUCCACCUAAACAUUAGGAAGAACUUCCUGACAGUAAGAGCUGUUUGACAGUGGAAUUUGCUGCCAAGGAGUGUGGUGGAGUCUCCUUCUUUGGAGGUCUUUAAGCAGAGGCUUGACAACCAUAUGUCAGGAGUGCUCUGAUGGUGUUUCCUGCUUGGCAGGGGGUUGGACUCGAUGGCCCUUGUGGUCUCUUCCAACUCUAUGAUUCUAUGAUUCUACUUCCAUAGCCCCUUCCAUUGUUCAUUCGUUUUUCCAUUGUUUGUUGGAAACCCUCCUUGGUCAGUUAAAUUACUUUGCAACUCUACGAACCGGUGCCAUUUCCCCCAGAAUUCUAAGCAAGCACCUUAGAUUUUAUAUUUUAGCAUCCUUUUGAACCCUAACUCUUACGACCAAGUCAACAAAUGUGUCUCACUGGCUGUUUUGAGACUUUUAAAGAAGUAAAUUAACCACUUUCAUCAGGUUUGUGUUUGGUUGAAGAAAUAAAAUAAAAUGAGACUGUUGCCUGUGCAUGCAGAGAAGUUAUAUUUGCAUUUUAUGAAGCCCCAGAGAGAAAAUUACAGUGGUACCUCAGUUUUCGAACUUAAUCUGUUCCGGAAGUCCGUUCUUAAACCGAAACCAUUCUUAAACCAAGGUGCGCUUUCCCUAAGGAGGCCUCCCGCCGCCGGUGCCCUUCCACCAUUCGGCUUCCGUUCUUAGACCGAGCUAAAGUUCGCAAACCGGGACACUACUUCCAGUUUUGCAGAGUUCGUAAACCAAAUAGUUUGUAAACCAAAUAGUUCGUAAACAGGGCCGUUCUUAAACCGAGGUACCACUGUAGUUGAUGUCCCUCCGUUGUUGUUUUCAGUACAAGACAUAGGCUAGCUUAAACCGUUGAGCUUGAGUUGGUGUGUCAUUUCAGAUUAAACAGACCGUUCCACUGGUUGGUCGCUCUGGUCUUCUGGGAGAGCUCCACAACAACAUCUUCUGUGACGUGGCAUGUGGGCAGGGCAAAAUGUCAGGUAGCACGUUCUGCAUUUCUUAUUCUGGCCUCCUCUGCCAGUUUAACGAGAAGCGCGUGUUGGAGAAGUGGAUCGAUCUGAAGGUACAAAUGCCGUUUUUGUUUCUGGGGCGGUGGGUGGAAGACGAAAAGCCUCCUCCUUUGCGAUCUCACUGCACACACCUCCUUCCCUUUCUCAAGGUGUCUCUGGCCAACUGCAUCUGCGUUAGCGAAGAGUUUAUUUUCUGCGGUUGUGCAAAUGGAACCGUGCGCAUCUUCCACACCCACGACUUGCAUUAUCUCUCGGACUUGCCUAAGCCGCACCACCUGGGCAUCGACGUCGCUGGAGAAGAAUUGCUGAGGUACAAAGCUCUUGGGGCCCAGCCGGCGUGGGAGCUGGGCUGGAAAAUGUGCAGGCCUGUGCUUAGGCAGAAGCCUGAUGCUUUCAUGCUGAAGAAUGCACAGGUAGUGGUGGUGUUUUAACCCAGCAAGCUCACAGCUCUGCAAGAAAUAAAAAACCAGUGCAUUUGCUUAGGCCAGAGGUUUUCAACCCUUUUGUGUCCACGGCUCCCUUGACCAACUACAUUCUUUCUCCAGCUCCCCUGUGGGGGAAUGCACUCUGAGUCUCAGGAGCUCAGUUAUGUCACCCCUUUCCUGCAGAGCUGGCAGCCCCUCGCCCCUUUUCAAACACUCCCCCUUGUGGAGUCUUCCCUUAGCCUCCUCUCCUCUCUCCUUGGGCAGGAGCAGCCGCCGCCACUGCCCUUGGUCUCCGAGUGUAGUGGUUAAGAGCGGUAGUCUCGUAAUCUGGGGAACCGGGUUUGCGUCUCUGCUCCUCCGCAUGCAGCUGUUGGGUGACCUUGGGCCAGUCAUACUUCUUUGAGGUCUCUCAGCCCCACUCACCUCACAGAGUGUUUGUUGUGGGGGAGGUAGGGAAAGGAGAACGUUAGCCGCGUUGAGACUCCUUAGGGUAGUGAUAAAGCGGGAUAUCAAAUCCAAACUCCUGUUGUUGUUGUUGUUGUUGUUGUUGUUCUCUUCUUCUUCUUCUUCUUCUUCUUCUUCUUCUUCUUCUUCUUCUUCUUCUUCUUUGCUGUCCCCCCUGCCCCAAAGAGAGGUGCCUCCUCACACCACCCCCUAGGGCCCUGGGAAGAGGGUGCCCCCAGCCUAAGCAGCCCAACAGAGACUGGCCAAAGGUGAAUGUGAGGCCAUCUCACUCCCUUUGGGAGGUAGCAGGGCCAACAGUGGGUGCCGCUGGGCCUGCAUGGCGGAAAGGCUCCCAGGCAGGCAGCAAGCACAAGAAAGGCCAAUGGGGUGCCUGCCUGCCUGGCCUCCCACUUGUCAGACCAUUCCCAACAGCAAGGGCUGGCGGACUGGCUGGCUGGGCUCCCUCACCCAUUUGCUUCCUUACUCUGAGGCCACUUCAGCUCCUGGCCAGCCCCAGAGGCACCAUUAGCCUGGGGAGCUUGUAGCCAGGGCCACUGCAACAAAGAGCUGUUCCAGCCUUUGGGAGGCAGAGAUGCGAGAGGGCAUUAGAGGGAAGGAAAGAGGGACCUAGGCCAGUGUUGCCUGCGGCACCCCUGACCAUUGUUCAAGGCACCCCCGGGCACCACGGCACACUGGUGGAACACCACUGGCUUAGGCUAUUGAUUCCCAACUGCAUUGGAACAUGUCGUCCUUGCACAGUUUUGGCAAAAUGCUCCUGUCUGGUGACUUUCAGCUUCUCUCAUGUUUCUGGUGGCCGCGCAUGAAAAGCAAACGAGAGGUGCGGCUGGGGGACGUCACACAUUAGCAGGCUGUUGCUGCCCCUGCCUCCACGUCAAGCUUAACUUUUCCCCAUCACCAGUGGCCCCUUCCUUUUGAUUGUGUGUGUUCCCACUUCCCUUGCACUUAAGGUCUUUGCAGCUUAUCUCAGCAUCGGUGUGUAAAAUGAAGCUCAUCAGUUUGGUUCUUUUUGGUAACCAAGGAGUAUGUUCCCCCCCUUCCCCCCCCCCUGAUCUUUUCAAGAAGGCCAGGUGCCACCUACUCAGAUACGAUUGCCUUGGCCUUUGACCCCCGCCAUCACUGGCUCUCCUGCGUUUACAAGGACCACAGCCUGUACAUUUGGGAUGUGAAGGACACCCGCCAAGUGGGGAAAGUGUGGUCCGACCUUUUCCACAGCUCCUUUGUGUGGAAUGUUGAGGUGAGUAGAUGGUGCUUCUUCUUUUCUAAAAAGGAUGUGAAGGAUUAAGAAAAUAACGUUUAUUAAUUUCAUUUAUCUGUGUGCCACUCUUCAUAAAAAUCAGGAAGUAGCUUACACGAUGAAAAUGAAAUAAAAUGGGCCAUUCCAAUUUAGGGAAGUAAUAAUUAAAGCCCACACAUUAUUAAUGGUGUUCAACAAACUAGGUCCAUCAUACGGCUUGGAUUUUGUGUCUUGAUUCUUCUGUUUUUUCCCUUGGCUCUUUGUGGAUGCAUCUUAGGUUUAUCCUGAGUUUGAAGACCACAGAGGAUGUUUACCCCCAGGGUCCUUUCUGACAUGCUCAUCGGACAAUACUAUACGGUUCUGGAACUUGGAAAAUGGCACGCAUGUGGAUUUCCAGAAGAACAUCUACAGUAACGUAAGCAUUAUUGCUUAUUAAGAGGCUGCUUCAGCCUUGAUGUGAUGCCAGAGUAAACCUGAGCAAUUUAUACCAAUGUCUGGAAGGCAUGCUAGUAAUUAAAACUAAUUGAGGUUUUGUUGACUUAGUUCCCUUCUGGUUUGUUACAAAUUAUUUUCCUUUUGAUGAGUCUUCUUUUUAACAGAAUGGGUGUCUGUGUAUAGAGAGAUAUAUCUCUUAAAACAUUCUUUCCUCCAUAAAGAACUUGCUGAAGAUUAUCUAUGUGGAAAAUAACAUCCAGCACCUGCAAGAUUUAACAAAUUUGCCAGACCGAGGUGAAAAUGCCAACUACCUGGAUGUGAAAUCUGGUGUCCGUGUGAUGCAAGUCAGCCCUGAUGGCCAGCACUUGGCCUCUGGGGACAGAGCGGGAAACUUGAGGUGGGUCUGUUUUAUUCUGUAUCGUCUGCCAGAUUCUGUGUUUUCAUAUAAUUGCGUGAUGAGUUGUAGCUAAGGCCCUGCGCAUGCCAGUCACACGCGGUGGGUUUCUACAUCUUUGAUUCCUCAGCAACAGCGAUAAUUGUAUUAUUUAUAUGCAGGCCAUCUAACGGGGUUGCAAGCUCCUAAGGAACACCAGCCUUGGCAGGACCUGCCUCCAAAUACUCAAAAGUUAUUAAAAUGUGUGUGUUGUCUUACAGGAUACACGAGCUAAAAUAUAUGGAUGAAGUCAUUAAAGUGGAGGCUCACGAUUCAGAAGUUCUCUGCUUGCAAUAUUCUAAGCCAGAAACGGGUAAAUUUCCAAAUUUGAAAAUGUGUGCAGUUAACAUUUAUUCCAGGCUUGUGCCUGGGUUUUUUUUUGUAUGCGGAUGUAUAUAGAUGCACACAAACUCGCUCCCAUCGCUACAGGAUUGGGGCUAUGGUGGCUGGGUGGUAUUCAACUCAGAGAAGACCCACUGGAAUGAAUAGACCUAACUUCUGCAUGUCCGUUGUGGGUCUGCUUGUUCUUUUCCAUUGCUUUAAGUCCCUUUGGAGUGGAUGCGGAGUUGCCCAUCUUUUCUGCCUCCUGUAGGGAUGGCCCUGCUGGCCUCAGCAAGCCGAGACAGGCUGAUUCAUGUGCUCAACGUGGAGGAAAAUUAUAAACUAGAGCAGACGUUGGACGACCAUUCCUCAGCCAUAACAGCUGUAAGGUUUGCUGGUAAGUUGCCCAACAAUCUGCUCCAGCUGAUCGUAUUUCAGGUGCGGAACCUCUAUGUGCAGUUGCACGGAUUACUUCACUUCUCCCUGUGUUCUCGCACAACGCUAGUUUCAGCUGGCUUGCAAAAGGAGAAGUUUCCAGUGCAGUGUUUUCCUGGGGUUGAUAAUGUUUUAUUGUAAGCCACCCUGGUUAUUGCCUUUGAAGAGUGGGGUGUACAGCUAAAUCAGUGGGUUUUUUGGCCAUGCCCCACCUAAGCAUCUCUAAAAUCCUGAUGCCCCUUCUCCCCGUGACAUAUAAUUCUUAUUAUUCAAAAAGUGAACUCCUAUUCACGUGGAGGAAGCCUAUAAGGCCGUUAACUUGGUCUAAACAACCUUGGAAACAACGGAUCUAAAUAAAUACAAGGAGAUUCUUCUACAGAUUUCACUUACCUACAGAUUUCUUCUUCUCGCCCACAGGAAAUGGAGAGAUUCAAAUGAUCAGCUGUGGAGCCGACAAAAGCAUCUAUUUUCGUAGUGCACAAAAGGUGCUUACAAUUCAUUUACGGAAGAAGCCACCAGGAGGUUUGGCGAUAGCCACCAAAUGCAGAUGGCUUUCCAAAGAGGGUGGGAUAAAUCCACGAAGGAGAACAGCAGCGGGGGGGGGGGGGGGCUCUUGCCUUUGCGGGCUUCCCAGGGGCAUCCGGUUGGCCACCAUGGGAGCAGGAUCCUGAGCCAGAGGAGGCACCUUUGGCCUCAUCCGGAAGUGCUGCUCUCAUCUGAACUUGAGCAACUUGUUUUCCUCUUCCAAAGACCCAUUGCCAAAUAAUGAAAGGGGCACCUUUCCCCUUUUGUAUCCAGAUAAAAGUUUAUCUGAUUUGUUCAUGCUUAUGUGUGAGGCCACUACAGACCUUCUGUGCUGCUGUUGGGGUAACAGUUCAUCUUAGUUGGGUCGUUUUCACUCCACAGGUGUCGGACGGAAUUAACUUCAUCAGAACUCACCACGUUGCUGAGAAAACGACCUUGUACGACAUGGAUAUCGACAUAACACAGAAGUAUGUUGCAGUGGCCUGUCAGGACAGAAAUGUCAGGUAAACUGUUCCGCAUUUUCCACCGCAGAAUUUUCAGCAUUCCACACAGUCGAAUGCUGGAAGAAAGUAAGCAUAUUCCUCCUCCUGACCGCCAGCCUCCCUCUUAACCUGGCUGCACUUUUGUUGUUCUGCCUUGCUGCAUAUGUCCAUCCUGUCAACAGACUGUUAAGACUGUUGGUUUUUGAACCAUGAAAGAAUCAGGUCUGGCACGGUUGCUGCGUGUGCUAGUGGCCCUAAAUCAACAUAGUUGUGCGCCUUCCUUCAAAGCGCCUAGACACCAGAGAAGAAAUAGAUCAUGGUAGCAAUAAAGCUCAGACAAGUCAUUACUCUUUACUUGUAGGUAAUAAAAUGUGUAAAUGGUUCCUGCUAUUAACAGGCUUUCACCGCAGCUGCAGGUGGAGGUACAAUUAAAGUUCUAAGGCCUUGCUCUCUUCCGAGCUGCAAAAUCUCUCUCCCCCUCUCCACAUGUUGUCAGCUUAGGAGAUAACGCAGACUGGAAAAACGGUUUGCUGUGUUCUGUAGGAAACCAUGUAUGUCCAGAAAACGGUACCCUCAGAAAGUGUCCUUGGAUAGUCUAAACAAUCGGCACUUAGCUGAUGCUUCAAUCUUCUUUCUGUUUCUGGAAAUGAAUGAAACACUCUCACUCACGCCAACAUUGACUGCCUCAAAUCUCCCCAUUUUGAUUAGGUGCUUUUCUUGGGAUACAGUUGCCUGUAAGGGGAGGAAUAGGGAGAGAGCGUGGCUCAGUUGAUGGGGCAUGUGGCUCUUAAUCCCAGGCUUGUGGGUUUGAGCCCCAUGUUGGGCAAAAAAUUCCUGCAUUGCAGGGGUUGGACUAGAUGGCCCUUGUGGUCCCUCCGAACUCUACAUUUCUGCGAUUCUAAAUCAUCUCAAAUCUUUUGACAUUCUCUGUAACGCUCAGUGCUCUUUAGAUAUAUCACUGCCAUUUCGUAAGCAGCCGUUCCUCAAACAAGCGGUGGAGCUGGGCCACUUUGGUUUGGCAGAUCUUGAUGUGGAGAUAGUUAUAAUAAUUAGUUAAUUAAUUAAUUAAUUAAUAUAUUAUUUCUAAACCACCACCUCAGUCUAGCUGGGUUUCCCCAGCCACUCUGGGUGGCUUCCAACAGAAGAUUAAAAAUACAUUAAAACAUCAGACAUUUAAAACUUCCCUAAACAGGGCUGCCUUCAGAUGUCUUCUAAAUGUCAUAUUGUUGUUUAUUUAUAUAGUUAAGCGCUCUGUUUGUGGAACUAUUAUCGCCAGAGUGUUUCUGAUUUAAAGUAUUAUUUAUUCAAUUUAUUAACUGCGUGCUCUGUAAAGAGUCUCUAAGCAACUUCUUUUGAAUAUCCAUAUUCACCAAAAUCCGAGAGGGAAAUUCUAUGGGAAGAGCCAGGAUGAAGCAUCUCAAGAAUCCCCAAACACCCGUGGCAGCUCUUGCGUCAUGGACAGCUGAAUUAUUAAUCUUCAUCCUUUUAUCAUAUGAGGACUUUAAUCAACGGGAUAUUCUUACUCUUCUAAACAAAAUAUGAGAAUUUCUUAAUUAGUUUGGCACUUUUUCUGAGAGUAUGUCUGGGCUUUCCCCUCCUAUUAAGCCUCGGUUGCUUUUAUUGAGGGCUCUGCUGGUUCCGCAAAGGUCUGUAAAUUGGACCUGUAUGAGUUGUAGUGGCUGGAAGGAGCCUGAGAGAGGAAAUAGAUGAAGCUCCGGAUUGGGGCCAAUCACUGCAAGUACCACAGAGCGAUUCCCUUACUGCUUGGCUGGAGCAGCAGAUAGGAGCCAGAGCGACCAGGGAAUUCAUCCUCAUUGCUCACCUUCCAGCUCCAAGGCCCAGUUAGAGGCCAAGAGCGCAGUGGCUGUUGGAGAAGUGCUAGCCAGGAAGAGUAGCUCAUACUUUGCAUGCACGGGGCUCCGGGUUCAAAUCCAGAGUACAGCCCCGCAAUAGGAAAGGUGGUAAGUCCUCUCACCAGUCAGAAGCAGCACCCCAUGGACUGGUAGUCCAGCUCUGUUUCAUUUUGUGAAAUGUUUGUUUCAUUUUGAUGAAAUUGUUUCCCUGUGUAUUUUAAUUAGCUGACCAACUCCCUCAGAUUAACUUUAUGCUUGAAAAUUGCCGGUUUGGCCAGUUUACGAGCAUCUGUGCUCCCACAGUUGCAGCACAGUCACGUCUAGGAAGCCCGAGGCGUUGGCUCACGGACAGUGUACUCUGUGAGUGCUUUUAAUUCCCAGAGAAAAGGACCAGUGUUUGCAUAAUGAACCUGCUACUCCACUGCUCUUUCAAAGGCUUUGGGCACAGGACACAAAGCCCAGCAUCAAAGCGUAGCUCUUCAGUUGUGUCAAACCAGCAAGCCUUUGCACACACCCAAAUGCAACUUGACCUUCCUCCAGGGUGUACAACACAGCCAGCGGGAAACAGAAGUGGUGCUACAAAGGCUCGCAAGGCGACGACGGAUCUCUUCUGAAGGUAACUGAGUUAAUAUGGGGAAAGUGCCUGGAGAAAUAAUCUUUCUCUUGCCCGCCCUUGGACCCGGGCCUCCUGGAAUGUGGCCUGAUAUUCCUGUGGGCUGUUGCUUCCCACUAAACGGUGUAAGGAAUGCCCAGCACGCUUAUUUUGUUGAACUGCGAAUGAGUGGUUCGUUAUUCAACCGACCACAAUUAAAGAAAAUCUGAAAGAGUGAAGCCUCUUUCUUUCCGAUCCCUUUGCAGGUCCAGCUGGAUCCUUCUGGAACAUUCUUGGCCACCAGUUGCUCCGACAAGAGCAUUUCCAUUAUCGACUUCCACUCUGGGGAGUGUGUUGCCAAAAUGUUUGGACACUCAGGUUUGUUUUGCUGUGGUGGUGCUGUUGCUGCUUUUUUUGGUCCGGUUAUUUUGCAAGCGCAUAUCUAGUACAUAAGGGACGCGGGUGGCGCUGUGGGUUAAAACACAGAGCCUAGGACUUACCAAUCAGAAGGUUGGCGGUUCGAAUCCCCGUGACGGGGUGAGCUCCCGUUGCUUGGUCCCUGCUCCUGCCAACCUAGCAGUUCGAAAGCACGUCAAAGUUCAAGUAGAUAAAUAGGUACCGCUCCGGCGGGAAGGUAAAUGGCGUUUCCGUGCGCUGCUCUGAUUCGCCAGAAGCGGCUUAGUCAUGCUGGCCACAUGACCCGGAAGCUGUAUGCUGGCUGCCUCGGCCAGUAAAGCGAGUUGAGCGCCGCAACCCCAGAGUCAGCCACGACUGGACCUAACGGUCAGGGGUCCCUUUACCUUUACUCUAGUACAUAGUACAGCCUACCCCAGCCUGGUGCCCUCUGCCUGUUUUGGAUCCCAUUAGCCCCAGACGCUACAGUCUGUUUCUUAUCAAUUGUAGUGAUAACUGAUUCAGCCGAACAACCAACCCAUCUUUAUCUUGCAGAAGUCGUUACAGGGAUGAAAUUCACCUUUGACUGCAAACAUUUGAUCACCGUCUCGGGAGACAGGUGGGCAAGUUGAACUGCGAAAGAUGCUUGCGUGGAUUAGAAAUUUGUGGGCCUGAAAGUGGGGUCAUUUAGUGUGCGUUUGUUGCUCAAUUAGCUUUAAGGGAAGAGGACGUCUGGACGGGGUUCCCAGAUGUGUGUGGCCUUUGCAGAUCUAGGCAGGAGAGAGCAGGAAACACACCAGGGAUGUGGAACGGUUCAGGCCACUGAUUCGGCCCUCUUCCCUUUCUCCAGCUGCAUCUUCGUAUGGCACCUGAGUCCUGAAAUUACCACCUGCAUGAAGCAGCAUUUGAUGGACCUGGAUGAAGUCCAGCAGCAGAGGAAAGCCAGGGAGCCCGUGUGGCCUCAUCAGGUCAGGUACUGGAACAGCUGCGUUCUUGGGACGACGCUCUCUGCUCCCGAUGGGGAGACCGGGGUGACUCUGUCGCUCUUGAGUCCUGAAAGGGAUCCCUCUGACUCUUCCUUUCCUCCAGGAGGGAGCCCUACAUUGCUCUGCCAAGCGAAAGGUCUCCCUGUGGGGCUGAGCGCCUGACUGACUAUGACACGGAGGAGGAGAGGGAAGAGGAAGACGCUGCUCUUCUGACGCCCCCCCAAGCUGUCAUUGAUACAGGUAUGGAGGCACGAGGCACUUCCCAAGGCAGCUGGAAGGGAGGGUGCCCAGGGGAUGCGUGGGAUUUGGCGAGAAACUACAGAAAACCCAUCAAACUUCAGGAGAGGCUUAGCUGGAGACCCUGGUGACAGUGGUUUUGUAAAGGCCUUUUUGUCCUCUCUGCCUCCCCCACCCCCUAUAAGAUUUCUGGUAAUGUUUUGUUGGGAUGCAAAGCUUGGUGGGGGAGGACCUCGGAACAUAAGAAGAGACUUGCUGGAUCAGGUAUUCAGAAGCAUUGCUGAGAAUCUGUACAGUGGUACCUCUGGAUGCGAACGGGAUCCAUUCCGGAGCCCCGCUCGCAUCCUGAAGCGAACGAAACCCACGUCUGUGGUUUGCGAUUUGCCGCUUCCACGCAUGCGCGUGACGUCAUUUUGAGCAUCUGCGCAUGCGCAAACAGCGAAACCCGAAAGUAAUGUGCUCCGUUACUUCCGGGUCACCACGGAGCGUAACGUGAAAACGCUCAACCUGAAGCACAUUUAACCCGAGGUAUGACUGUAUUCUGCUUUACUUUGAAAAGCAAAACUCUUCUUAUUUCUACUUGCUUUGGUUUCUGAGAGUUGGUAGAUAAAAGUUUCCAUGGGACCCAGUUCUGCUUUUCAGUAUUUUCUCGAUUGCUCUGUCUUAAAUGCAAAGGGGGGAUUUCUUGUUCCUAUAUGUGCCUUGUAUGAAGAGUUUCACCUCUGCUUUCACAUUGCUCACCCCAAUCUCCCUCCCCUGUUGCUCUCUCCAGCUCCUGCAUGCGUCCUCACCAAUGGUAAACUACCCAUGUGGGCAAAAAGGCUGGUAUGUAAUGUGCUCUUACAAAAAAGGUAUUUUUUAAUAUAUGGAUUAAUUCAGCCAUUGCCAACCUUCCACAUAUUUUGGACUACAACUCCCAUCAGCCCUGGUUGACACAGCUGACUGGGGCUGAUGGGGGUUGUAAUCCAAAGCAGAUGGAGGGCACCAGGUUAACCAUGGCUGGAUUAUGAGGCGGAGAACCCCAGCAACCAACGUUCUUCCUGUUGUAAUUAAUUUCCUAUAUCUUGCCCAGGGCAUCUAACAACCAAGGCGCAGCAUUAAGAGAUGUAAAAUCACAGUACAAAGUACAGCAGACAAGUCGGCGUUAGACAAUACAAAUGGUGUCACUCGUAUUAUGUUCCAAAGGUCUGUCAGUUGCCAUCUGAUAACAGGGAGGACCAUCUGACCUCAGGAGGGAGGGACUUCCAUAGCUGGAGUGCCACCACUGAGAAGGCCUUGUCUCGUGUGAUGUGCACCAGCACCAAAAUCAAGUCAUAUUCCCUGAGGGUGCCUCUCCUGCAGAUCUCCAAACAAGUGUUGGCUGAUGCUGCAGAAAGUGCUCCUUUGGUCCGGAGCCAGGGCUUGGGAAAUUAUAAUGAGAUAGGUGUUCUUAGCAGGGGUGGGUUUGUUCCACGCCUUGGGCCUUGGCUGCAGAUCAGGGUGAAGGAGGAUGUCAGGUGCGGAGGACCCACAAAGCCAAACCUUGGCUUCGCUUUUGUGCCGUGCCAACCUGAAAAAGCUCCCAUCCCCUCCGCCUCCGGAGCCGUGGUGUGGCUUAGCGUGACGUCCAAAUGGGGCCACUGCCAACGACUUAACCCAUGGUUAAGAGACAAAGGGUUCUCUCUCCAUCCGGGUUAUCUUCAACAGCAAUUAUUUUUGCAUGCUUAACCACAGGCAGCAGAAACUAAUUGCUGCUCCAAAAAUGAAAGGAGCUCCAGUCCUUUGACAGCUAAGCAGUUGGGUGCGAUGUUGGUGCAAGUUUUGCUUGGAUAGGAUGAAAACAAGAACCACUCUUGCUGGGUCCUGCAGAGAAGCAAAUGGUCCUCUUCAAUGUGUUGAUAAUCAAAUGGGGGGGGGCUUCUACUGUGAUCUGUGGGUCUCCAAAUGUUCUGCAAAUCAAGGCAAAGGAGGCAAGUGAAGUAUUUGAACCAGGCAGAGGGCCUUCUUGGUAGUGGCACCCGCCCUGUGGAACGCCCUCCCAUCAGAUGUCAAGGAAAUAAACAACUAUCCGACUUUUAGAAGACAUUUGAAGGCAGCCCUAGGGAAGUUUUUAAUGUUUGAUGUUUCAUCGUGUUUUUAAUAUUCUGUUGGGGUGCCGCCCAGAGUGGCUAGGGAGGCCCGGCCGGAUGGGCGGGGUAGAAAUGAUAAAUUAUUAUUAUUAAUUAUUAUUAUUAUUGUAGGUUAGGGGUGGGUUACAGAACACCAACUGCUAGCCACCAACCCAUCCAUGAUUAGUUCUCUGACUUGGCGAUUUUUAUCCCAACCACAUGAGUGGCAUGAAGACACACACACACACACACACACACACACACACAUUUCCUCUCAACUUUCCUCUCUCUAGCUUGGAGAGGCAGAUAAUGCGGACACCGCCGCCUUCAACUCCAGGGUGAGUUAUCAGCCGCAAGGGCGAUGGGCAGAACGUGCCGCCAAAGAGCCCAUUAAGACCACGCUGGGUCCAGACCUGAAUUACUUCACCCCAAUUAAAAACAGCAGCCUGCAUGACAGUGAGCUGGAACCGCAGAAUCUGAAUCGGCUGCUCUCGGAGGUGAGAAAAGUUUCCUUGGUACAAGGGGCUUAACUGAGGUCGGCUUUGCUGUCCACCUGCACCCCCACACCCUCUGUCUGAAAAACAGACCCCAUGUCCUUUGAGUCCAGGGACAGAAGUCCAGGGACAAGCCUUGGAAUGCUGUACUGUUUUUAACACUUGAUAGGGAGCCGCCCAGAGUGGCUGGGGAAACUCAUCCAGAUGGGCGGGGUAUGUAUGUAUGUAUGUAUGUAUAAAUAAAUAAAAUUAUUAUUAUUAUUAUUAUUAUUGGAACUAAUUUUCAGGGGUGGUACUUAUUCCUGGAGCAUGCUAUGUGUGUGCCUUUCCGUGUGGCUAGAGUUCCUCUCCUUUCACCAAUGAGCCCCCAUCCACCUGGGAAGCAGGGAGAAAUAUUUCCCUUUUGGGCUGUGCUUUGGAUGCUCUUCCGUGGCUCUUGCUUAUUUCAGGCAGGGCUUGUGCCAGGAGGCUUGUGGCUUUUUGCAGCAGAACCUGCAUCUGCUCCCCAGCUUUUAACAGCGCACAAACCAACCAAUCAAGGCAGGUGCUCUCUUACAAAACCAGAUUAUUGGAGGGUGCGGCUGCCUUGGGUUUCCUCAAGGGGACAAGCAGAUUUUCCAGUUAGCCUUUGUGAUUUUUUUUUUAGUUUGAUUGAACCUGGAGUCUAUCCAUCAAUGAGAGCUUUCGUGCGCCUUUAAACUUAUUUUGGAACCACUCUGCAGCCCUUGGAUAUUCCGGCUCCAGAAGAUUUCUUACUUCCAUCUUUUCUGCUGUCUUUGAAUCCUCUUAAAUUUUGGAAGGGAGAGUCACAGGGACUAAUUCCCUUUUCACAGGCUAUUUUUGGUUUUCCCUCCAGGCCAAGCACUACCCCAGCAGCAUUAUUGAAGAUUUCCAGCAGUCAGAUCUGUCCUCCGAUGAUGAGGCGAAAGAAGAGCUUGAAAUCAGUGGGGACAGCCUGUGCCCUGAACAGACUGGCAGCAAGACCCCGGAGAGCGAAAGGUCAGUCCUCACUUGGAGAACCUGCAGAACCUGGCCUGGGAGGAACUGCCCUUGAAGUCUGCAGGCUUACCGUCGAGUAAAUGCGCUUAGGGUAGAGCUGCAGGACUUGCAGAGGGGGAGAGCCUGAUGUGGUUUGGAUUUGGCUGGAGACACCUCAAGGGCACACCCCGUUCUGCUGCCCUCUGGGGCCCUCUGCCCUUGAAGUUUUGAAAGAAGCUUGAACUGAUGGAUGGACGCUUUUCUCUCCACCCCCCGAGAAUCACUGGCACUUUUUACCUUUCUUUAAAGGAGCUACAUGAAGGAGCUGCUCCUUCAGCCGGCGUACCAGAAGGAAGCGGCAAAUACCAAGGAGAAGCUGCCAGACAAAAUCUACUCUGCGACUUCCUUGGAUUCAGAGGUCUCUGCUUUCAGCCACCAGCAAGAAGGUAGCCUGAAAGACGAUUCCUGCUCACAUCCGGGGUAUUUUUUUGGUGCUUGAGCUGCAGAAGGGCUCUCCCCUCUCAGCUGGCCAUUGUGCCCCCACCCCUGCCCAGUUAGUGCCAGUUUCCAGGGCCCAGUGAAGCAGGAAGACUUGAACACCCAAGUGCAUGUGAGGGGGGAGCUGUCUGCUGUGCCCAAGAAGAGAUGACGGGGAUGCAGCCUGCCUCGGCCUCUGUCCGCACCCUACAAAUUGGGCUGGUAGAGGGGCAGCAGGAAGGGAAUCUGCAGUCACGGUUGUCACAGCCCUCCCCAAAAAAGAUCCCGCAUGAAAGGCUGCAGGUGAGGAAAAAGGGACUCAGAGCCGCAGGAUGAGACCUUCCCCCAUCCUCUAUAAGUCAGCUGUAGGGAAUGAGAUGUGCGUUUGCAGGAAAGGGAGAGUCAGGGAAAGGAGAAGCAGCAUAGAAUUGUAGAGUGGGAAGGGACCAUGAGGGUCAUCUAGUCCAACCCCCAGCCGUGCAGGAAUGUUUGCCCAAUGUGAGUCUCGAACCCGCAGCCCUGAGUUUAAGCGUCUCGUGCUCUGCGGACUGAGCCAUCCCGAGUUCAUUCCUGUGCCAGAUGAUCCAGGAGAUUUGGGUGGGAGAAGAAGCCAGUGCUUGGCCCAGAAUCCAGAAUGGCUUUGUAGUCCGUAGGCUGAGCUCUCCUCUGAGCUUUUUCUUCCUUUUCUUCCCCCCGGCCCUGGCUUUGUACAACGUGCCAAUUGGACGCUCUAGUUUCGGAGGCAGAAACGGAAAUGACCGAUGUGGAGGAGAACUUCCAGCAGACCAGCUCUUUGCCCCAAACCCCCGAGCAAGAGAAAUACCUGCGGAAUCACUUUGAGACGCUGGCUGAUGCCCAGGCGGAAGGUAAGGCCAGAGCGGCGACAAUGAGCCGAAUGUUGAUAUUUUCACCCCCUCCCAUUGCGAGAAUCUCCUGAUAUGGUUGGUGUUUUGAGAAAGGAGGAGGCAGAAAAUGCUCUUCGCUUCUUCCGCUCCUGCCUGACUGCCUGUCUCUGUGUGUUUUGUAGUGACUAGCUGUAACUCUCAUGCAAGCCAGUAGUUUAGUUUGUGGUAGCUAUUAGAAAUAAAAGAAGUUAUACUGCGCAGCUAGCUUCUGCGUUGUUUAUACUCUGCUGAGUCUGGUGCUCACAAUGCACAGUUGUGAGUCCAGUGCACUGAGACCUACCUUCCAGGAUUGGAAGGUCCCUGGAAAAGCUCCAGUCACCUAGCCCAGUCGGGGCAGAACCAGUUAUUGAGCCCAGUCGAUGACACCGGUUGCAAGGCGUACUGACACCGAACGGCACAGCGGCUGCGCUCUUCCCAUAAGCAAGAACCCCUCGCCUAAUAGGCACAGCCGGAGGGGCAGAGGGGCAGUUUCUCAGGGUGCUGCUCUUUUGAUUCACUGACUAAGUAACAAACCCUUUGGCAGGCCAUUGACACUUUGACGGCAGAUUAGCGGUCAUUUGCCUCAGGUGUGUUUGUCAGUAUUCACUUUUCAGCUACUGCUGGUUGGUGAUAUUAUUAGCUGUAUUUCUCUCCCAGCUUUUCCUCCAAGGAGCUGAAGGUGGGGUGCGUGGUUCUCCCUCUCCUCAUUUAGCCCCCACAACAACCCUGUGAGAUAGGCUAGGCUGAGAGGUAGUGACUGGUCCAAGGCCACCCACUGAGCUUCGUGGCCGGGUGGGGAUUUGAACCCUGGUCUCCCAGGUCCCAGUCCACACUGGCUGUGUCAAGAACUUGGGAAAAGCUCCCGCUUGCUCUCCCCUUUUUGAUGCAGAAAAGUUUGAUGGCUGCCUAAAGGAUCUGAAGGCGCCCGAGGAGGAAGAGGAGGAGGCGGCCUUGUUCCAGAACCCUCGCCUGAGCAUAUCUACCCGUUUUCUCUCCAGCUGCCAAAAAAAUAGCAGGUGGGCAGAUAUAUAUCUAUAUUUUCAACCCUCCGUUCAUGAAAGAACAAUCUGAGCGGCUGUGUUCCUUUCACACAGGUUUGCAGCUCCCUUUCUUCCGAGGCUCCGUCAGCACUCUCAGGCCGCUGCUGCAGACCAGCUGGCGGAGGAGAGUCUCCCGUCAGGCGAGCACAAGAAACCAGAGGCAAGUUGGCCGCCUGAGUCGAGGAUGAGCCGCUGGGCUCAGCUGUUCCCUUUUGCAUCUUGGCAGACGUACUGUCUCCCAGCCCUUCUGUGAAGAUUGGGUGCAGCCACGACUCAGUGGCAGCGGAACAGGGGCUCUGCAGGCAGAAGGGAAUUUCCAGUUAAAAGGUCUCUGAUAGCACAAUGGAAAAUAAUAAUAAUAUUAUAAUAAUUUAUUAUUUAUACCCCGCCCAUCUGGCUGGGUUUCCCCAGCCACUCUGGGCGGCUUCCAACAAAAGAUUAAAAAUUCAUUAAAACAUCAGUCAUUAAAAAUACAUUAAAACAUCAGUCAUUAAAAACUUCCCUAAACAGGGCUGCCUUCAGAUGUCUUCUAAACGUCAGGUAGUUGUUUAUUUCUUUGACAUCUGGUGGGAGGGCGUUCCACAGGGCGGGCGCCACCACCGAGAAGGCCCUCUGCCUGGUUCCUUGUAGCUUCACUUCUCGCAGGGAGGGAACCGCCAGAAGGCCCUCGAAGGUGGAUCUCAGUGUCUGGGCUGAACGAUGGGGGUGGAGACGCUCCUUCAGGCAGAGACGUAAGAAGGAGGGGGCAAGGAGGUGGUCCGCCCCGGAUGCCACCCUGGGGGGGGGGUGACAAGAUGGCCCGCUGCCUCCCGCCAGCUGUAGAGUGGCCGAGGGUACAGGCACCAAGUGCACGGCAGCCCAUACGGACAGCGCUUGAGUGGCAGCCCAUAUGGUUUGCCCCGCCCCCGGUGCCCCACACUGGCUGACUUAGAGGCUUCCUCCGCCACUGCCUUUAGGUAUACAGGACCGAGGCCAUUUAGGGUUUCAAGGUCAGCACUAAUACUUUGAAUUGUGCUUGGAAAUGUCCUGGGAGCCAAUGUAGGUCUUUCAGGGCCAGUGUUAUGUGGUCUCAGAAAAGACCCCACAAGGCUGUUGUCUAGACCAGGGAUGUCCAACACGUCGAUUGCAAUCUACUGGUCGAUGCCUGCGAGGUUUUGGUAGAUCCCAGUCAAUCGCUGUCCCCCUUCUGUCCCCCCCCCCACGCCAGCCUCUAUUGUUACAGAAGGGAAGCCGGAGUUUAGAAACCGAGGCCGUUAUCUGGCCAGCGAUUGUAAGGUCAGUGGCUGCUUCUGUUAGUCCCUCCCUCAGAAGAGCUGUAAAAAAUCCCUAAGCCCCCCCCAGAACAGGGCAUAUUCCCUCCCCCAAAAAAGCUCCACAACUUUGAUCUGAACCCCUAAAAAACAGGGGUCGAUCACUGCCAGAUUUUAAUUUUGGAAGUAGAUCACAGUCUCCCUGGUCUAGACAAAUUGAUGUCCUCAAAGGCAGCUUCAUGUGCACAGUUCAGAGAUGUAAAUAAGGCUUUUCUUUGAUCCUUCCACAUUUGCAAACAUAAAUGACUUGAAAGCAGUUUAACUGGAACGUAACCCCCGCAUAAACUGGGAGUUGCUCGUAACCGUUUAGUGUGUGUGAAGUUCCCAGUGCAUUCCUUGUUACACUGAUGCAGCUGCGCUGGCUGUGGCUGAUGGGAGUUGUAGUCUGGAAGCUCCAGAGGGCACCAGAUUGGCAAAUGCUGCACUGGCACCUCUAUAGCCUGCUGAAAUGCCCGAACUCUCCGGCCUCAGAGUCGAUGCAUGGGAAAUGGUGGCUAGGUAUUUUGCGGGCAAGGAAGGGACCCAGACCUUGGGUUUGGGACAUCUGCAAUGCUUUUAAACUUGUAGCCCGGGGGUUUGGUUUCUAAUGGUCCAUGAUGUAACUGCUUUAGAAACCUUCUGAAGAAACCAGCUGUGAGCCGAAGGAAAAGCUUGACGCCAGAGCGUUCAUCGCCUCAGGUAGGAAACUUUCUGGAAUGUUGCAUUUGCAGCAGGUUUGUCAUGUCGCAGAGGCGGAAAUUAUUACCGUUCCCUGUUGUGGCGAAACAUUGGCUGCUGCAGAGUGUAGAUUUGACUCUGUCGCUGUGUAGGGUGGAUUUCCAGAAACGCCAGUUGAUGCAAUCAGUUCUCGUUCUUCUGAUACCUUUGGAAACUGAAGAAUGCUGUCGGGUGUGUUCCCCUCUUCCUCUUCUGGGAAGGCUCCAAAUGUAGAAAUCUCUCUCUUCCCGCCCCCCUCCCUAUGUUCAUAGAAUCACAGGUCCUGGUCAAAAACUUUGAAAUAAACCUGCAGCCUUUGUGCACCAAGUUUCAAGAGACUUUGCAGCUUUACGAUAAGGUAAGCUAUAGGAAAAGGCAGCAACGUAAGAACUUUUUCUAAAAAUUCUUCUCCAUCUACAUAUUUUUUGGGGGGUCAUCAGUUUAUCCUGUCAGAUGUUUAGGAGAUGGCUUAUAUAGGGCUGUGGGGUACUAUUGUGGCAGUGUGGGUCCCUGGCAUCCUUGUCCCAGCCCAGUUUCGGUCACGGGUGCGAAUCCUGGGUGUGAAAGCGUUUGUCCUUUUGCUGUGCAGGUGACAUCCUGCAGCGACUCCACGGAGGAGGAGCUUCUCCACGUUAAGAACCGGAUGGUUAGCACUUUCUCCUGGAUGAAAAGGGAGCUGGACUCCCGAGAGAUCAAGAACAACACAGACGCGGCAACAGCCACAGACAGCCCAUCGCCCUGGCAGAAGCGCCUUCAGGACAGCGAGACCCGCUCUCUCCUGAAGCAUUACUCCGACUCGCUGCUGAACAUGGUCCAUAAGAAGCUGGAGGAAACCCACAAGGCAGACGUCGCCUGAAUCGCCCCAGGCAAGGGAUACGUCUGCCCUGCCCCUGAACAAACUUUAUUGUGGCGCUGAGCUCAAGAGAACGGGCCCAUUAAUUUCCGUGUGACUCCUGAGGAGUUAACAGCAGUCAAGAAGGGAACAGAUUAGCGUUUAUAACUCUAGUUUAUAACUCUAGUCUCUAUUUCCUGUGUAUCCACACACACACACACGAAUACUGACGAGUUGUCGUUGUUUUUAGCUUUUCCCAGAGACCUCUUACGAAAAGCAUUCUUUAUAAGAAUGAGGGAAGUAGGAGGAGAAGCAGGUGUUGUAAGUUCUUACGGGUGCUCUGAUAUUCCUCCACGGUGCUUUCUUGUCCGUCUGUGUGAGUGUGAACGCUGCUUUGCAACAGCGGUUCUUAAACGUUUGCUGCUUUUUUCUUGGUCUUGAGAAUUAAUAAAAUUGCAUUAGAUUUUG